ACCUUUCACCUUUGUAUACUCGGUCUGACCCCGACUCAGAUCCACCAUUUUCGGAAAGCCGUGGAGCAGGAUAUAUUCUGUCCCUGCAAUUAUUACUGACGUCCUGUGCCAUUUUUCAGCAUUACAGCGAAAUUCGUUGUUCAGUUUGGACCGUGGGUACGUGCAGUAAAUUUCAAGAUGGAAGAGUACAAUAAACCACACUGGACCAAUAUAGAGUAUGCAUCACUGACCAGUCAUGACAGUCACUGCGCGGAUCAGGCCAGCCCUGAGUAUAUAGGACCCAACUCUAAUCAGUUCUGCAACAUCAUGGCUCAUAUGAUGGCAGCAACAACGGGGACGCCUGGUCCUGGUGAACCAACGACUCGUAUGAUCGCUGAAUCUGCAGAUCACGGUGUGGUUGGAUCUCGGGAGACAGCCAGGAACACAACAACAGAGCAGCUGGGAUCACCAGAUCACUUAACGUGCACAGUAACACAGCUAGACAAGCAGCCAAAUCCUGAUGAGAACACAACACAGGGAAAGCCCACAGACCAAGUCAGCAGUGAAGAUGAGGAGGUUCACCAAACAGAAAGCCAAAACUCUGAAGGCCAUGAUCCAUGUACAUCAUCCUUUGAGAUAGCACAGCCACCAAGUCAAUCUGAGCAAGGCAAAACAGAUGCAGAUUCAGACACUGACUUAGCAAAGUACUCAGUAUUGUACGGAGGAAACCAAAUCUUUAUUUGCGAUCUGUGUAGCCUCAUGUUUAUUACAGAGUCGGACCUAGCCCAGCACAUCAAGACGCAUCCAGAUAAAAGUCCCGUGAUAAAGCAGCCGCACAGGCGCAGACCUUAUAAAUCAUGGUAUGCCAACAGAGUGGAGGAGAACAAUAAGAGUGGGUCUGGCGAGAAACAGUUUAUUUGUAAAGAAUGUGGCUUCAGCACUAAUCACAGAGGCAAGCUGAUAGCACAUGCAAAGACCCAUGUUGUCAAGAAGACAUAUAAAUGUGAUCAGUGCACGUUUUCUUCAGUCAAGAAAAAGACGAUGGACAGGCACAUGCUAAAACACGUACAGGAGGGCCCCUUCAAGUGCCGAGACUGUGCAUUCACAACAUCUGACAUAAAAGACAUGGAGAAACACAUUGGGACCCACAAAGAGCGAUACAAUUGUGAACUGUGCCCUUUCUCUGCAGUUAUGAAGAAGACUUUGGAAAGGCAUCUUAAGAUGAAACACGCCCAGGAAGAUUCUACAGAUUCAGAAGCUUCUGAGGCUAUGGUUUGUGACGACUCAAGUGACGAGGCAGAAACAGACAAUUCAGCAGAACAUACACUGGUAUCAGAAAGCUGUGAAGGUGUGAAUGAUGACACACCAGAAAAGGAAACUUUGGAAAAUGCUAAUGCUAUAGUUGAAAAUUCUGAGGAGAAUCCUUCUGCAAGCACAAAUAGUUAUCCUGACACGUCACACUCAGCAAGCGGAGAUGAGCUUGGUGAUGACCACGUACAGGAAGAGUGCCGAGACCUCACGUUCACCACACCUGACAAAGAAGACAGGGAGAAACACAUCGCGUUCACCACACCUGACAAAGAAGACAGGGAGAAACACAUCGCGACCCACACAGAGUUGCCGGGCAAGCCAUACAAGUGUAGUCUGUGCCGUUACUCUGCAGUUAAAGAGAAGACUUUGGAAAGGCACCUUAAGAUGAAACAUUCCCAGGAAGAUUCUACAGUGACAGAAGCUCCCGAACCUACAGACGUUGACAACUCAAGUGAUGGGGCAGAAGCAGAAGAUUCCCCAGAACAGUCUCUGAUGUCAGAAAGCUGUGAAGGUGUGAAUGCUAGCACUCCAGAAAAGGAGAAGUUGGAGGAUACAGUAGUUGAAACUCCCAAGGAUUGUGCCUCUACAAGCAAGGAUAGUUUUCCUGACAUGUCAGACUCUGCAAGUGCAGACGAACUCGGUGAUGAUGUCACUGAUUCUGACGAAGACUAUAUUCCUAAGCAGGCAGAAGUGGAUGCUACAGAACAGGGUCAUCUUGACGAAGAUGAAGAUGGUGUCCAAAACGUCCCUGACGAGACUCUGGCAUGUAAGGAGCAUGACUUUGUGACAGACAGCAACGAAAAGCCGAAAGCCCAUGGAAAAAAAAGUGAAACAUCUGGCGGGAAGCCACACAAGUGCAAGGACUGCAGUUAUUCUACAGCAUACAAGUCUGAUCUCAGGCAACACAUGUACAAGCAUAAUGGGAAGUACCCUUUUGAGUGUAAGGUGUGUGGGUACAAGGCUGCAAGGCAGAAGGAAAUGGUACAACACUCCAGGAUUCAUACUGGAGAAAAGCCCUUUAAGUGUGACCAGUGUGACUUUUCCACAGCACAAAGCAGCACAUUGAAGGUGCACAAGAUGAGACAUAGUGGGGAGAAACAAAACACAGGCCACAUGUUCAAGUGUAAGGAGUGUGACUAUUCCACAGCACACAGGGCUGAUCUUAGACAGCACAUGUUCAGGCAUAAUGGGAAGUACCCAUUUGUUUGCAAGGUGUGUGGGUACAAGGUAGGAAAGAGGAAUGCCAUGGUAAUACAUUCCAGGAUUCAUACAGGAGAGAAGCCCUUUAAGUGUGACCAGUGUGACUUCUCCACAACACAAAGAAAUUCUUUAAAGGAGCACAAGAUGAGACACAGUGGGGAGAAGCCACACAUGUGCGAUGUGUGCGGCUUAAGGUUUUACACCAAGCCUAACCUUAAUGCUCACAUGAAUAGACACUUGGACAUUAAGCCGGAAUUAAAGAAGCCACAUAAGUGUGACAAAUGUGAGUAUGCAACGGCACACAAGACACACUUGGCAAUACAUGUAGCACGCUACCACACUGGGGAAAAGCCCCACAUGUGCGAGUACUGCGGGUAUCGGACUGUAGAUCGAUCCAAUCUUGCCACACACAAGAAAACUCACACCGGAGAAAGACCAUUCAAAUGUGACCUGUGUGACUACAGCUCAGUGGCAAAGAAGAAGCUCCAACAGCACAUGUCUAAGCACACCGGUGAGAAACCAUACAUGUGCACGAUGUGCGACUUUAGGACAGUGUACAAGCCUAGCCUUUUGUCGCACAUGCAAAGGCACACGGGGGAGAAACCAUUCAAGUGUGAUCUCUGUGACUACCGGGCAGCCCAAAAGAGUAGCUUGAAGUCCCACAUGGUUCAGCACACUGGUGAAAAAUCACACAUAUGUCCUGACUGUGGACACAAAACAGCUCAUCGUAGUAACCUUCUUUCUCAUAUGAGGAAAAUACACAAAAAGGACAUCGAGGAGAAACCAUUGAAAUGUGAUCAAUGUGACUACCGGACAGCCAAAACGAGUAGCCUGAAGUCCCACAUGGUUAAGCACACCGGUGAAAAACCACACGUAUGUCCUGACUGUGGGCAUAGAACGGCUCAUCGAUGUAAUCUUCUCUCUCAUAUGAGGAAAGUACAUAAAAAGCACAAGACAGAGGUUUCCCCCGAGUUUCCAAACAUGGCGGCGCUCCUGUUCCCUACAGGGAGCGGAGUUGAAAAACUGUAGUGUAUUAUAUGCUUACCAUAUAUGCUUAUGGUAUAGCUGCACUACCGUUAAAUGCACAAGGUGAAAAUAUCUAAAUGUAACUGACUGAUAUAACAAGGAGUCUGUACACAUUAGUUGACGUUAAAUGAUUUUAAUUCAACACCCGCUUUGUUGAGCACAUUUAACAGCCAUUGCUAGAUAUGUACAUGUACUCACUCAUGUCUUUUAUAGCAAAAAUGUGUAUAUGCAAUCAGUCAUGUAGUUCAUAUUGGCAAUAUAGAUACAGAUUUAUCCAAAAUAAGUCAGUUCUUUAGGAAAAUCUUAACAUGGAUUUUUGUAUCUGUAAUUGAUUGUGAAAGUUUUUGUUUGCAUUGAUUCUCAUUAAUUGUUACCUUACCAAGUUAUACUGUUUGUAUGUCAUGACAUUUAUAAGAUUGAUUGGUUGGAAUUUGAAACAUCUCCUCAUUUGUGCAGAUGACUGCAUUUUUCUCAGGCAUAUGAAUAUUAGAGUGAUUGUCAUAAAAUAUAUCCUGUCAGUCAAUAUUGGAAGUACAGGAGCAUUAUUGUAAAAGGUUUCUAUGAUUAGAAAUUGAAGAGCCAUUAUCUUGGGCAUGCAGGUAGCUUUGACAGAGAUGUACAAAAUGGAAUGCACAUUAUGCAAAUCAGGUAUUCAUUCUCAUAUUUGAAAAGGACAUUCCAAAAAUUUGGUAUUUUCCAUUGUAGGACACUUACAUACGUAAUAUGCAAAUUAGAGCAGUUGGGAUAAAGAAUGGGUACCAAUAAUGUAAAUUUGGGCCUCACUUGCACAUUGCCAUAAUUCCUUUGUAAAUACUUAAGUAACAUGAUGAAUGCCAUUGAUGUGACUUCAAUGCAUAGAUUAUGUAAAAUAGGCAGUCAUUUGCAAAAUCAAUGCUAAAAUGUUAAAAGUUUAUUUUACUCAAAGGAUAGAACUUUCACACACGUUACAUAAAUUAUAGAUGUGAUUUGGGCAGAGAAGACAAUAGAAUAUGCUAACCACUGUAACUAGAGCCUCUUACUCAAUGAAACAGGAAAUCAUCUAAAUAGCUCACGGAGGUAUGAGGUCUUCGAACUCUUGUCUGAAAAAGUGCCGGCGA